AUGCUAACAGAUGUAUUUGUCCCUUGUGAACCAUAUGUGAAAAGAAUUAUUCGUGUGAAAGUAUCGCAGAUGGCCAAUUCCCUCAAUGGCCGGAACCCAGGUGGCCGAGGAGGAAACCCCCGCAAAGGGCGUAUUCUGGGAUUCAUUGAUGCUAUUCAGGAUGCAGUUGGCCCCCCCAAGCAGGCAGCUGCUGAUCGCAGGACUGUGGAAAAAACUUGGAAAUUAAUGGAUAAAGUGGUCAGACUGUGUCAGAAUCCCAAACUUCAAUUGAAAAAUAGCCCACCUUACAUACUUGACAUUUUACCGGAUACCUACCAACACUUGCGACUUAUUUUGAGCAAGUAUGAUGACAACCAGAAACUUGCACAGCUCAGUGAAAAUGAAUAUUUUAAAAUCUAUAUUGAUAGUCUCAUGAAAAAGUCAAAACGAGCUAUAAGGCUUUUUAAGGAGGGAAAGGAGAGAAUGUACGAGGAACAGUCACAGGACAGGCGAAAUCUUACAAAAUUGUCCCUCAUCUUCAGUCAUAUGCUUGCAGAAAUAAAGGCAAUCUUCCCUAAUGCCCAGUUCCAGGGUGAUAACUUUCGCAUCACAAAAGCAGAUGCUGCAGAAUUCUGGAAGAAAUUCUUUGGAGAAAA